AACACAAACCACCAUUUUUCACCCAAUCAAGUCAGCUCAGUGACGAACUUCCUGGUCAGAUUUCCUCGUAGGUCCCAGUCCUUUUAAUGGCUAUGUUUGCUCCUUCCACAGUCAACAGGGAGGACGGGGCUUGAAAGAGCAGACGCGGACUUCAAAUUACGCGAAAGAGCAAACCAUCGUCCUGGAGAAAAGUGUCACACAGCUAGCGUGGUGGGACUGGGAGCCAGAUGAAAAGAGAAAUGCUAUUUACUCAGUGUUGCGCCUAGCCCAAGGACGUACGAAGAAGGCAAACACAGCCGAGACCGAGGACGAGGUGCAGGAUUUGGAUGGCAUUUGCCGGGGCCGGGGAAGAACUGUUAAAAACCUGAAGAGACACGAACUUGGAAUAUGUUUGAAUAUCAUGUCUUGACUACAAACGACGUUUUAUCUGCGGAUAAGCUGCAGCAGCACGUCAGAAAUAAAGGCCUCAUCUGAUGGCUCUUUAAUCCAGCCAGAAUCCUCCCUGACAGGCAGCGACGAGCUACAGCAAAGGGUGAGGUACUGAAGUAAUCAAGGGGAAAACCACUUAGCUAAAUGUUGACGCCAAAUCUAUCAAAGGCUAAGCUAAUGUUGCGUUAUCGCCGAAUUUCCCUUUGCUGCUGCAGAGGAUGGCUCAGUCAAAAUACCACCACAGAGCAGCUGUGAUACCGUUUGUCCCAUUCCUUCAGUGUUUCCUCCUCUCUUUUUCUGUUCAACAGGACGCUUUAUUCGCAAUUGAGGGGAUUUAUGGGAUCACAAGGUAACCUUUCAACCUAAAGACGUGUCACUUCUGUGCUAGCCUGAGGCUGUCAUUGAUGUUUCAUGUUGUCCGCGUGUGUCGGGCGUCAGUUUCCUUUGUUUACAGUCUGAAUCUCUGAACAGCUGAUGGCUCCUCAGCUAAACCGCGGUGUUGCCUGUGUGUCUCUGUGACGUGCCGCGACCACUGCAAAUAGCUUCCAGUGUAGCUGUCGGUCUCUUCUGAUGAGAUGAGUGUGCGUGCUGGCCAGGGCAGUGAUGAGGUACUGGUUUCACAGGCUGUGUGGGAUUACCUGGCUGCAGCUGGGCGGCCCUGGCUCAUUGACUUCCAGCAAAAGCAGGGGAUGAGCGCUGGUAUCGUCAGGCGUGGAGAAAGAGGGGGCUGCUGCGCCGUGAGGCUGCAGCCGGUGGAAGGCUCCAGGAGCGCCAGAGAUGGACUGAUGGACGGAACUAUCUCCAGCGAGACACGAAAAGCCUUCAUUGACUUAUGCCGUUGUGCCCGUAAAGAAAUGAGCAAACUGGAAGGUGGACCCAAAAGGAAGAGGGCUCUGCUGCCUUGUGUGGCAGUCCUGGAGCCCAAUGGAGAGGGGAGCCGGCUUCAGCCUCUUCCUCCUCAGCCAAGACGCUCCCAGAGACAGCAGCAAAGGUUCAGGAAGCCUACCGAUGAGGAGGCCUGUGUCAUGCUCCACGAGGCAGCACAGAGAAAGGAUAUGGACUCCAACUUGGCUUCCCAUAGUGAGGCAGAGGACCCCAAAACUUGUUCAAUCUGCAUGGGGGACAUAGUGGAGAAGACUACCCUGGAUAGGUGUGGCCACUCAUUCUGUCGCUCUUGCCUGGAUCAAGCCUUUAAGGUGAAGAAAGCUUGUCCUGUGUGUCGGCUGGUGUACGGCCAGUUGAUUGGGAACCAGCCUGCAAACGGUACAAUGAUUGUAGAAAGAGAUCCUGAUCUGGAGCUUCCGGGCCAUGAAGGCUUUGGAUGUAUCUGCAUCAUCUACAGCUUCCCUCCUGGCCUGCAGGCACCAGAACAUCCCAACCCAGGGGUCCGGUACCCAGGAACAGACCGUGUGGCCUACCUCCCUGACAGCCCCGAGGGGAACCGUGUGCUGGGCCUGCUGCGCCGGGCCUUUGAACAGCGCCUUAUCUUUACCAUUGGUACCUCCAUGACUACGGGCAUGCAAAAUGUCAUCACCUGGAAUGACAUUCACCACAAAACCUCAAUAUGGGGUGGGCCUCGCUGUUUUGGCUACCCAGACCCUACCUACCUGGUGAGAGUGACAGAGGAGCUCAGAGAGAAAGGCAUCAUGGCCGACUGACGGCAUGAAAAGGAUGGACUCUUCCAAGACUUUGUGAGACUUUCCGAGAGCCCUUGUGGUGGACAUGACUCGGCCACAGGUUGUGCUCAGAGACUGCCCGUCCCUUAAAGGAUGUCUGAAGACAAAGCCCUCAGCAGAGAGGUGUUCAAUGCUGCAGAGUUCACCUCACUUCAGUACUUUCCCGUCUGUUUGUUCUUUUUUUUCCUCAAGAGUUCAGCUUGGAAGAAAAUACUGAGUGCAGUGCAUUCUUGUAUUGUACAAUCCUCCACCUGUUGCUGUUUGGCAAUAGUAUGGAUAUGUGAUAUGCUUCCUUAAGAGCAUCAUGGUUUGUGUGAGUUCAUGGUACUUAUAUAUUAUAAUUUAGGAUAAAAGUUUGAUGUCAUAAAGACACUUUAUGUUAUAUUCAUGAUGGUUUGAACUCUGGGAAGUUUAGUGUUUUUUAUAAGCACACAUUCUUUGUUUUACCUCCACAGAAAUGUUUGUUUGGUUAUUGAGUCUAAUUUAAUUGUUACUAAUUACCCGUAGUUAGCGUAGUACCUGGGUUAUAUAAGGUUCAAAAGAAGGAAUUCAUUUCCUGAAAUUACUGAAAUCUAAAGCACUUAGUGGCACUUUGGUAAGACUUUUUUGCUUCCCCUGUGGAAGAGUGUUUGCAACAAACAGGUUUGUGCAGCCAUAAGCUAACGCUUGGUGGCUUCUAGUUGAUGUCAAUUGCUUGAGGCACUUCAUUUGUAUGUGACUUUCAUUUCAUCCUCAUUUGUACUGAAAUAGGACGAAUGUUUACCAAUGCUUCAUGGCAGCACUUUUAUUGUACACAUUAAUACUUUUCCCGUUUUUUUUUUGUUUUUUUUGGCUGUCGGUUAGUCGUGUAAUUUCAAGAUGUCUCCCAGGUGUUGAGCCCAUUACCUCAGUUCUUAGUAAUGUGCUCAUCUAAUUACCAGAUUUAUGAUGAUGUCAAAUACAAAGGGCAUACAGACCACUUAAACCAAAUCAACGGCACAAACGCUCUUGGAAUAUCUUUGCCUCUGUUCCUAACAAACUUGGAGAUUUACCUGCUAAUGUUCUCAUUUAAAAUGAGGUAACUUUUGUCAAUUUGUUAUCUGAAUAGAUAAUCAAAAAUGCACAGUAAAAAGAAAAUACAUACGAAAAUAUUGCGGGAACCCUUGAUCUGAUUUUGGAUGGGGAAUUUAUCUAAUUUUGUCGUGCCUUUCUUAUAUUUACUUUUGAUAAAAGUCAAGCAUGAUGUUACUAAUGAAAGGUUUGCAGUUUGGGAAUAUGUUGAUGAUGUUAUUUGAUUGGUAAGAGCAUUAUGUUUGUAGCCAUACUAUCUAGCUUUUAGUUCAAAUACUAUCCAUUUCAUUGAAUUAUAAAUAAUGUUUAUUAAAUAAGCUUCUCCUGCAUCAACGUUUUUAUACUCCAUAUAAAAAACAACAACAGACCUGACGAAGCUGUAUGUGUAAAAGUGCUUUGCUAAGUGCAGUAACUUACUUAGCUAGUCGAACAUUUGUCAUUUAUUUAACUGCUCAGAUCCAUACAUCAGAUACCCUUUUGUGAUGUUUCCAUAUCCUUUGUAUUUUAGUUCAGGGACCAACUGAAAUACUUUUGGGACACAGGAUUGUAGUUUACUGAAGCUACCGUGCAAACAUUUCUAUGCAUACAUGUCGAAGGAGGAGCUGCAGGAGAAUGGAGAGUUGGAGAGAAUAAACAUAUAACAAAAGUGAUUGUUAAGGAAAAGUGAGAGUUUUGCUUUUCUAAUUUUGUUUAUUUGUACUUUGUUGAUAUUCAGAAUAAUGUUCUUUACAUUUUAAUACUUGAAUAAAAAGUUAUGUUUG